AAUGACGAUUAAAAAUGAAAAAACACAUCUCAAAGAAAGUGAUAAAACUCAAUUUGUAGAGGAUCGGAGGGAAAAUGAAGAUAUAUUUCGUGAUACUUGGAUUCGUUAUAUGGGAUACGCUAACGAAGUAGGUGAAGCCUUCCGUGGAAUUAUAUCAAAGAGAGCUGUAGGUCUUUCUUACAUUGUGGCUAGUGGCUAUGUUGUUGCUGAUGCUAGUUCAAAAGCAAUAAAUACAUAUGAAGAAAAUAAAAGCGUUCAAGAAGCUACUAUUGCUGGUGCUGAUUGUUUCUUAUGGCAAGCUUUGGCAUCCGUAGCCAUCCCCGGCUUUACAAUAAAUAGAUUAUGUGCUGGAAGUAAAUUUGUGUUACAUAAGAGUAGAUUAUCAUCUGGUAAAGUCAAAUGGAUAACAACUGCCUUAGGUUUAGCAGCUAUUCCAUUUAUCAUAAAACCAAUUGACGUGAGUGUUGACUUUAUCCUCGAUAAAACUGCUAGGAAAUUGUACUUUAAGGAGAAAGAGUAA